AUACGUCUUUGAGUUGAGAAAGUUGGCUCAGUCGUGCGAGUUUAGUACCUUAAGUGACGGAUUAAUAAAAGAUAGACUCAUCUGUGGAAUCGUUAGUGCAGCGAUAAGGGAGCGGUUGCUACGCGAGGACGACCUCACUCUCGAUAAGGCGUUAGAAAUAUGUCGGGCAGCUAUAGUUUCGAAAAUGUAUUCGGAGGACAUAAAACGUGAGUGUAGUAGUGAGAUAAAAAGUAAUGAAGUGUGUGCGGUGUCUAACAAAGAAGUGUACGAAAUAAAGCGGGCAGGUGCAAAGGUCGAGGCGGGCUCGAGUUCCGGACGAGGAUGGCGCGGGCGCGGAUGGUUGCCUGGCGCGGGAGCGGGGCGCAGGGCCGUGUCCAGCGCGCCGGGGCCGACCGCGGCCGGCGGCCAGCACCGCGCGCCGCCCGCGCAGCGCGGAGGGCGGUGCGGCCAGUGCGGCGGGGUGCACAAGAAGUACGACUGUCCGGCGUAUGGCAGGACCUGCAUGAAAUGUUCCAGGCCGAACCAUUACGCCAGGAUGUGCAGGGUGUACAUGGUGGAAGAGUCUGAUGAACAGGAUAGUGAGGGCUCCAGAUAGAUUGGGAGACUGGAUAUGACAACAUACCUACUUAAAUCGGUGCUCCAUCAAGGAUGUAGAAAAUUGGAUGUAUAAUAAACACAUAAAAUUAUAAAUAAAUAAUGAUACUUGCCUACUUACUACAUGUUACUUAACAUAUAAUAAAU